UGGUUCCCGGUUUGAUAAUACAUAUGUAAGCCUUUGGUUUUACUGCAAGUUCCAGAUUUUAAGAAGGUGUGGAAGCAUGGAACAGGACGAUUUUGAAGAGGGAGAAAUUUUGGAUUCUGAUGAGGACGAGCAAGAAAAUAAGGACAAUGAAGAGAGUAAAAAAUCUUCAUCUGAAGAAGAAGCUAGUGACAAGGAACCUGACCCAGAUCCUUUAGAUACAUAUACCGUUAUAACACGUCCAUCUGAUUCUGCAAAUAACAUGAAUAAUGCAUAUCGUCAGAGAAGUACAUUGAUGAGUAAUAGUGACAAUGACAAUGAUUCUUCUGCUACAAGUGACGAAGACACUGAUUUGUGGAAAUUGAAAAAGUCAAAAUAUUUUUCUAAAAAGACGGACAAUAAAGAUGUUCAAUUGUCUAGUGUUAUAAAGUCACCAAUUAGGGCAUCGACCAAUGGUGUUUCUCAAAAUGGAACCGUAUCCGGAAGAAAUAUUAACUUUGGUUCAGGGGAAAAGCGCAAAAGGCAGAAUAAUGUUUGGGGCUCAGUUCUUACAGAACAAUCUUUAACACAGACCAUGGGGUCAAUAGGGGUGGAAAGGAAAGAUCAUGUUCUGAACAGUUAUAGAAAUGUAGAAGCCUAUGAUUAUUUACAAGCCCACGAGGAUGAUAGAUCAUUUGACGAAGAAACAAGUAAGAAACCAGAGAGUGUUGACCCAUUUCAGAAAGUAAUUGACUCUGAUAAUGAAGAAGAUAGUAAUAAAAGAGGACAUAAGCGUCGUAAAAAGCAGCAUAACAAACACCACGAUAACCAUAGUAAUAAAAGACAGAAACGUUACCGUACUUGUAAUCCUGACGAUAGUGAUGAAACUGUAGUUCAAACAAUUGUUGAAAAUUUGCGUGAAGAAAAACCUUAUCUCGUAGAGCGUAUUCUAGGUGUGAUUGGAAAAGAAAAAGCAAUUGAGUUGAUGUAUGCUACAGAGGACAUAGAAGAAGAGGGUGGUAUGAAAACUUUUGAUGGCAAAAGAAGAAGAACACCAGGAGGUGUUUAUAUACAGUUAAUUAAACAAGAUAAAAACGUUACCAAAGAUAUGGUGGAUGAAAUAUUUGCGGAAGAACAAAAGAAAUAUAAAAAGGAAUUAAAAGCUGAGUCAAAGAAAAGACAAAGGGAUAGAAGAAAAUUAAUGAAAAUGCUUCCCCAGAACCGUCUCUUGCAUAGUGGUAAUAAAGCAAGGAAUGAGAGAAAAAAUGAAGCAACAAAGGAUUUAGACGAAGGAGAAAUGGAGACAGGAGAUGCAGAAAAGAAAUUAAAUACAAGUCUUAGAAGUAAUGAUGAGGACUUUUUGAACCAAGAGGAAGAACAAUUGGACAUUAUUCUUGGAGAUGAAAUGGCAUGAAGAAAAGAAAGUGUUCAUUUUUGAUUUAUAGUUAGCUAGCUCAGCCCAAAUCCAUAAUAUGGACCAGUGUGAACUAUUGUCAUUAAUUUGAGCCUGUCAUCCAUUUUCUGUGCAAUUCCAAGAAAUUUCUCCUUGGAAACCACUAAAGAUAACUAAUUUUUCAGAAUAUUACUUCAGACUUUUUGUUGAGGAUGCCCUCAACCAACUUUCAUGGGAGACAUUUUUGAUGAAUUGAACAUUGGAAUAAAAGAAAACUUUUGAUUAUAAUUUCUCAGCAAAGCUUGCAAUUUGCAAAACCUAAUUUCGGGUAAUCAGUCACUUAAUAGUCCUCUGGAAAUUUUUUAUGACUAAUCUACUUAUGAACACCAUUGUUGGUAAAACUGAGUAAAUCUGUUCAUAAUAACACUAGUACUGCACUGCAAUGUGCACUGCUUGACAUUAAAACUGUCUUAUUUUAAAAGGACCAUUUUCCCCCAAGGGUGUCUUUCACUACAUAGCAUGGUGAAAAUCAUGCAUAAGUGCCAGGAGGCAAAAUUUUAUGUUCCUUAGAACCUCUAGUUAUAAUUUGUGAUGAUUUUGUACUGUUUUUUUAGUCUGUUGUAUUAAGUAUUUUUUUUAUAUUAGAGAGCAGACUUGUCUAUGGUGUUAUUGUUGUAUACAUUUGUAAAUUACAUAAUUAUAAAUGGAUUACAGAGUUCUUGAUUUUUAAGGGGUUUUUUUAAUAAAGAGUAGAAUAUGGCAUGCUCUACUUUUUGACCUCAAAGUAAUAUUCAGUCUUUCUGUGUCUGUCCCAAUUCAAGAGCCUGUAGUUCAGGGGUUUUUGUUGGUUCAUGUCUGUCAUAUUUGUUUUUCAUUAAUUGUUUUGUUAUAAAUUAGGCUGUUAGUUUCAUAUUUUUCAUGUCAGGGCCUUUUAUAGCCGACAAUACGGUAUGGGUUUUUCUCAUUGUUGAAGGCCGUAUAGUUGCAUAUAAUGACUUGCAUCCACUUCAUUUGAACUUUGGUGGAUAGAUGUCUCAUUAGGGAUCAUACGACAUCUCUUUAUUUUUAUAUUAUUUUUCAAGAAGAAAAGUCUUAAACAGUCAGAGAUAUAA